AUGAAGUUGAAGAGUGGUAGAAAGGCAUUGAGUGACUUGACAUCCAUUGAGAACUCCAAACAUCGUUUUGAUAAACGAGUUAAGUUGAAUAGUUAUGAAGAACUCGCUGAGGAUCACAAACAAGAACUUCAAGAUCCUGAAGAUGUUGAUGAUGAUUAUGAAGAUAUUGAUGACGAAGAUGAUGAAAUCGGUGAAGAAGAAGAAGACGAAGAGGAGGAAGAUGAUGAAGAGAUUGAUGUACCAGAAAAAUCAGCCAUUGAAUCUAUUGAUGAUACUGAACCCUUAAUUGCUGAACCUAUUUGGAGUAAAGCUAUUCAUGAAGAAUUGGAAACCACUAUGAAUAAAUAUUCCUCUAGAGCUUUAGAUCCUAAUGAUGAAGAUACCUUUGAUGUCACUAUGGUAGCUGAAUAUAGUCCUGAAAUUUUUAACUAUAUGAGACAAUUAGAACAUCGAUUAUUACCUAAAGCUGAUUAUAUGAAUAUUCAAGAUGAAUUAAAAUGGGAAAUGAGAAGUGUAUUAAUUGAUUGGGUGGUUCAAGUUCAUUCAAGAUUCAACUUAUUACCAGAAACUCUUUUCUUAACUGUAAAUUAUAUCGACAGAUUUUUAAGUAAAAGGAAAGUAUCAUUAUCAAGAUUUCAAUUGGUUGGAGCAGUAGCACUUUUCAUAGCAGCAAAAUAUGAAGAAAUAAAUUGUCCUACAAUACAAGAAGUAGCAUAUAUGGCAGAUAAUGCUUAUUCUGUUGAAGAAUUUCUUAAAGCUGAAAGAUUUAUGAUUGAUGUUUUAGAAUUUGAUAUGGGAUGGCCAGGGCCAAUGUCAUUUUUAAGAAGAACUUCGAAAGCCGAUGAUUAUGAUUAUGAAACUAGAACUUUAGCCAAAUAUUUCCUUGAAAUAACCAUUAUGGAUCAUAGAUUUGUAGCUUCAAAACCUUCUUGGUUAGCUGCUGGAUCUCAUUAUUUAUCACGAAAAAUCUUAAAUAAAGGUAAAUGGACAGAGUUACAUGUAUUUUACUCGGGUUAUACUGAAGAGCAAUUAAAACCUUUAGCAAAAGUUUUACUUAUGAAUUGUAAGAAACCUGAAGUUAACCAUAAAUCCAUCUAUGAAAAAUAUCAAGAAAGAAGAUAUAAACGAAGUAGUAUAUUCGUGCAAGAUUAUUUACUGCAAUUUUCCUAA